UAUGACGUCAUCACCGGGCGUAUUUGAAACUAGUGUUGUCGUUAAAAGGCUUUGAGGUGAAAGUUUAUAAACAAACUUUAAUAAACAGGAAUAAAAUCUCAGAUGGACUCCGUGGAAGAGGACGAAGUGUCUGCACGAGUUUUACUCAGAAAUGUCCUGCACACUGAAACUCAACGGUCUCCGGUCACCAGAAGCAAGUCUCAUGAUCAGCAAUUGUCACGUGCACGGAGGAGCUCCAGGCUGAGGAACACUCCUGAGACGCCUCACGUCGCUCUUCGUCACAAGCUCAAGCAGAAGCUCCAUGAGACCGCUGCUCAGUCUCCACUUCCACCCAGUAAACGUGCGAGGUCUGAGGGCAAGACGCUGAGGACACCGGCAGUGCUUCCCUCUCCUGCACUGUACGAUGAUGACGUCACACCUCGCGGGCUGCUCAGGGGCAUUAUCCAGACCGAAUCUGAGGCGUCUCUGCUGCUGUCUGGUCAGACUGCUGUACCUGAAGCAGUUCAGCACAUUGACGAGGCCAGUAUCCAUAGCAACAGACGCAGUGAUGGCAUGUCAGGACUCGAGCUGCCUGAUUUAGCCACAGAGCCGCUGACUCACAUGAUCCAGGGGUUGAGCCGCCGGAGGCCGCCGCCCACUUUUAACGUCUCUGUUUUCGAGAAACAGCUGGACCAGCCAUCAGGUGAAGAAGAGAUGGAGGUCUCACAGGAGAAUUCGGAUGUCACUAAGGAGCAGGAUCUCUCUGCUGGUUCCAAAAGCGUCCUCAGCCUCACCUUAAAGACUCCGUUCGUGAGCCUUCAGUCCGAGAGAGGGGGUCUGAAGCGAAAAGCGGCCGGACGACGGAAGCAGCUUUCUGUAGACGCCUUUGACGAAGCCGUUCAGAAACGUUUAGAGAGACAGAACGACCAAGAUUAUACAGUAGUGCAGGAUGGAAGAACUCUUCAGGACUCUGCCUGGCAGAAGUUCACUCUGGGGUUAAGUAACGUCACGGUGCCGGAGCUCACCACAGACAUGAUGAUGAGCAACACGGAGCUCUACGCCCAUCCACAGACCGCCGAGUCCGAGUCGAGAGACACCGAUGGAGGGGUUACGAAGAAUGAGAUGAAGAGAGAUGAUGGUGGUGUAGGAGAAGAACUUCAAGAAAGCGCUCAAGAUCAGGAAAAGAUGCGUGAGAGUAACAUCUCUAAACCUCAACCAGAUCCUUCAGAACACCCGGAACCGGAUUCUCAGUGUCAGGAAGAGGAGGACGAAGUGGAUAUGUUUCCUCCAUCACAAGAGAAAGAGUCCACAUCUUUGAGUCCUGAGGAUAUCCCGUUCGCUCCGACCCAGGCCAUGGGGGAGUGCGUGUCUCAGCCUCGAGUGCAGGAGCAGGAGGAGUCUCUGAUACCUGAAGCUCAGCUGGAAGAAAUGUACCAGAGAGAAGAUGAAAGCUUUCAGGGGGAACAGUCAUCUCAUCUGCCUCAGCAAAUCACGCGGCGAGUGUACCGCUCUGAAGGCGGAGCUUUAAGGCCUGGAGUGAUGGCAAGAGUCAGAGGUACGAAGAGCCUCGGGAUGGAUCAGGAUCCCACAGAGAAACAGCUGCAGAAUUUCACCACUGGAACUGUGCCGAAAGAAUUAGCUAGCGUGGCGGACGAACCUAAUCGCAGCCUUGCGUCUCCCUCCGCUGUCGACACCACAAAGCCUUCAUCAUCUGAGACACAGCAGGACAGUUUGGUGCAGAAUAUUGAUGUGGAAUUCAUUCAGGAUCUCGACCAGGUGGAAAGCGAGGAAGUUGUGGUGUCUGUUCAUGUUAGCCCCACUGUGGACUUUGAGGAGGUGGAGGAAGAGCAGCAACAGGAAGAGGAGGUGGAGGAAGAGCAGCAACAGGAAGAGGAGGUGGAGGAGGAGCAGGAAGAGGAGGUGGAGGAGGAGCAGCAACAGGAAGAGGAGAUGGAGGAAGAUCAGCAACAGGAGGAGUUUGAAGAACAGGAAGAGGAGCUGCUGCAACAUGAAGAGGAAGAUGCACAGAGUGAAGAGCUCUCGAUGCAAACUCCAAGUUUUAUUAGGCAAAGGAAGCAGGUAUCUACUCCCGGUGCUCUGGCCACACCUGCCAUCCUCAGAGCUUUGAAUGCUGGUCCUGCCUCAAAGGUCGUGAAGCCACGCCAAAAACGUCAGCCUCGGUCAUCCGCUGCCGCCGGCGUCCUCCCGAAGAGCUAUGUCAUGAGCGUGUUUAAACACUUUGCUAAAACUAAGGUUGCAGGCGACGUCUAUCCCGUCAUCAGUGACAUUCUGAAGAGGUAUUUUGAUCGUAUGGCCGACGAUCUGGAGGUGUAUUCAGCUCACGCAAAGAGGAAAACCAUCGAGGUCGAGGAUGUUGAGCUCCUCAUGAGAAGACAGGGCUUUGUGACAGACAGCACUCCGGUCAAUGUGUUGAUCGAGAAGUUCCUCCCACUCGAAUACAGGAAGCUGCUCAUCCCUGUCGCAACCAGCGGAAAUAAAGUCGUGCCUGAUCGACGGAGAUAAACUACACAAGUCAUGCGCGCUCUCUCUCUCUCUCUCCCCCAUUGUUCAUAAAUCUAAUUUACUUUCCUUUUAUUGUCUAUUUCCAAUCAAAGUUUUUUUUGUUUUUUUUUGCAAAAAUAAUUAGAAUUUGUACUAUUUAACCUGCUGAGGUUGCAGAUGGACUUAUUUUGUGUUCCCUUUGUACAUUGUUUCAAGUGAAGAUUAUAAAUAAAGCUUUAAAUAUGCUGCUGUGAA